AACGCUAUUGUCAGCAACUUGGGGUUUCACGUGCAACUGGGCCUAAGAAUUCUGCCGCGAGCCGGGCCUUGUCGGUGCUCAGAACGUCGAGAGCGUCUUCGCCGCAUUUGUUGGGGUGAGCUCCGCGGGGCCACAGCAUGCCUCACAGGAAGAAAAAGCCCUUUAUAGAGAAGAAGAAAGCUGUGUCUUUCCACCUGGUCCAUCGGAGCCAAAGAGAUCCUUUAGCAGCAGAUGAGACUGCACCUCAGAGGGUUCUGUUGCCUACACAGAAAGUAAACGAUGAAGAAAGGCGAGCAGAACAGAGGAAGUAUGGUGUGUUCUUUGAUGAUGACUACGACUACCUGCAGCACCUGAAAGAACCGUCUGGGUCUUCAGAGCUUAUCCCAAGCAGCUUCAGUGCACACAACAGGAGAGAUGAGAAAGAAGAAGCUUUAGUAAUUCCAAGCACUGGAAUUAAGUUGCCUUCAUCAGUGUUUGCAUCAGAGUUUGAGGAAGAUGUUGGAUUGUUAAAUAAAGCAGCUCCUGUUUCAGGCCCUAGACUGGAUUUUGAUCCUGACAUUAUUGCAGCCCUCGAUGAUGAUUUUGACUUUGACAAUCCAGAUAAUCUGCUUGAAGAUGAUUUUAUCCUUCAGGCCAAUAAGCCAGCGGGAGAGGAAGAGGGAAUGGAUAUACAUAAAUCUGAGGCUGAAGAUGACAGUGAGUGGGAAGAUGUGGAUGAUGAGAAGGAAAGUGGUAGUGACGGUGAUGACUAUGACUCUGAAGGCCCACUAUCAGAUGAAGAUGAUAUGUCUGCCCCGGGCAAACCUCAUGGAGCUAUGGAAAAUAGCUUGUUCUGGGAAGAGGAAACAAAAAGUCGCUUCACGGAGUAUUCCAUGACUUCCUCAGUCAUGAGGAGAAAUGAACAGCUGACCCUACAUGAUGAGAGGUUUGAGAAGUUCUAUGAGCAAUAUGAUGAUGAUGAGAUUGGAGCCCUGGAUAAUGCUGAAUUGGAAGGUUCUAUUCAAGUAGACAGCAGUCGGUUACAGGAAGUUUUGAAUGACUACUAUAAAGAGAAGGCAGAGAAUUGUGUAAAAUUGAAUACUCUUGAACCCUUUGAAGACCAGGACCUGCUAAUGAAUGAGCUCAAUGAGUCUGAGGAGGAAGAAAUUGUUACCGUAGUUCUUGAAGAAGCCAAAGAGAAGUGGGAUUGUGAAUCCAUUUGUAGUACCUAUUCAAAUUUGUACAACCAUCCGCAGCUUAUCAAGGAUCAACCAAGGCCCAAACAAAUCCGAAUAUCUUCUAAAACAGGAAUACCUCUCAAUGUCUUACCUAAGAAAGGACUCACAGCAAAGCAGGUUGAACGAAUGCAGAUGAUAAAUGCCAGUGAUCUGCCUAAGGCAUCAACCCAACCUCGUUCUAAAAAUGAAACCAAAGAAGAUAAAAGAGCCAGAAAGCAAGCUAUAAAAGAAGAGCGCAAGGAACGGCGAGUGGAGAAGAAAGCUAACAAAUUAGCCUUCAAACUGGAGAAGAGAAGGCAGGAAAAGGAGCUGCUGAACUUGAAGAAGAAUGUGGAGGGUCUAAAGCUAUGACAACGGAACAUUUAGAAUAAGACAUUUUCCAUUAGGGGCUCCUCUUUAUGUUCAUUGAUAAACUAGGAUCUUCAAAGAGACAAAACUUUGCCGUUUUUACUGGCAACUAUUGAAAAGAUAGCAGUAAAAUAUUUGAAUUAUUUUUAUACCAAUAAGUUUGUCAACCAUCUUGUAAAUAGUCUUAUUUUUUAAUUUAAUAUAAACUUAGAUUUGCUUUGAAUAAAUGACUUGAAUAGAAUUGGUGUGUUCUUCAU